AUGUGCCGGAAACGCAACCUCUGCGGAAUGCGGGUGAUGUCUUGGUUGGUCGGCUACUUGGAAAUGCCUUUGCCUGGCAAUAUCUUGCUGGAGGGCAUGCAGAAGAUGUAUGACCUCGUAGGAUUCGAUUGUUGGUCCGCUCACUGUGUCAAGACCGACGACAAGCGCAGCUUUGCACACGUGUCGCAGAAGACGGCCUUUGGUGUGACUGACGUCUACUUCCUGGCGGGCUACUACGGCCUCAUGGAGGUGCUGGUGGAUGAAAUCAAACGCUUGACCACCAACGGAUGCUUGGCGGAUGCUGGCGACUUUUUUGCGGAGACAGAGAGACAGAUGGGGGCGAUUUUUCACAGAGCAGGUGCAGACAUGCAGAUGGGAGACCUGAAUCUUCUACGUGCACAGACCAAGAAAGGCAAGAAGAUCAAGUGCGAAGUCAUCCUGAAAGCUGUGGGUGUGAUGCCGGACCCGGCGAUUGACAAGAUGUUGGGCCUCAAGGAGCUGGUCGGCCUGUGGGUCAAUGGCGAUCCCUUGCGUUCGGUUUGCUGCAAUGGCAUGUUUGUGGAGGCUCAGAAUUUCGGUUCUUUUGCGUCUGGUCCUCCCUUCGCUCAGCUUGCUCGGGUAACUCGAUGGUUCGUGGAUUACCCCACGGACUUUGAGACCAUCAGGGGCACCCUCCCGAAGUUGACCGGAAGUCCCGAGAAGCCAGCGUAUGUGCCGACGGCGACGCACAUGUUGCCCACCUUUAGCUGUUUCAACCUCAUCCCAAUGCUUGCGGCAGAGAUGGCCGUCUAUGGCGCGUUGAAGCACACCAAGCAGAUGGCGAGACAUCCUCCCAAGCAGUACAUCGCCGAAUGCCGAGCGGAAUGGGAGGCCUACAUCAGGCAAUGGAAGAAGGAUGGGAUGAUUGAUGACAGCAAGCCAGAACCGCCUCAGACUUGGAGAUGA